AUGACAAGAACCCAGGGCGACCGACAGGCUGAUGUGGAGGAGACAGGCGUCUGUAUCUUUCCGCAGCUGAGCAAGACGGAAGGUGAUAUCGCAGCCUACAAAGAAACAGAUCCACUUGAAAUCCCAGCGGCGCCCAUUUCCGAAGUUCUACAGGACCAGGGUAUUCGCCUGAGCUCGCUGGUUUUGGCGGCGUGGGCUGCUACUUUGAGGUGUUUUACCGAGUGUCAGAAGGCGCAGUUCUGGGUCGGACAUGGAAGGGAGGCUGUCGCCGAGGCUACACUUGAUGGAUUGACUGAUCUACUGUCCAUCCCGCUCGAUCCCCAGAAGCCAAUGAGAACACUAUGUAACGAAGCUGAAUGGACGAUGCUACAGCCUCGCCUACCAGGGCAUGCUCCAUGCAACAUUGGACUGGUGUUUCAGGAAGGUGUCGAGAUUCAUUGCCCGACGCUACGUAGCGAUGACCAGGACCUUCAGAUAAGCCCUCCCGGUUGUGACGUUGCCUUGCACGUUGACCUGGAUACAGAUCGGCUGCGGCUGUCUCUACGCUUUAGAGACACCCUGCUGUCUUCCACGGCAGCAGAAAAUGUGGUUAGUACCGUUAAGCAAGCUAUACUCGAGGCCAUCAAAUCUCUGGACCACCCGGUCUCCAACCUGAUGCUUUGCACCGGGUUACAUCUGGGCCAAUUGGAAACUUUCAGCAGACAUGCUUCGGCCCUCAACACACGGCGCACAUUGCCGUGGUGGCGUGCAUUGAGCCAGUCGGUUAUUCAGCAAGGGAAGAAUUGUGAUCGACUAGCAAUUGAUGGAUGGGACGGUCGGUUCACCUUCGGGGAGCUGGAAGAGACAUGUUCCCGUGUUGCAGCGCAUUUGCAAACUAUGGGGAUAGGGCCCCGGAUGAUGAUCCCACUGUGUUUUGAGAAGUCUGUCUGGGCAAUUAUUGUGGCCAUCGGUAUUCACAUGGCUGGAGCCGCCUUCGUUCCUUUGGACCCAGCCCUCCCAGUCCACCGUUUGCACAAAAUCAUCGCUGCAGUGGGAAGCGAGUUUGCAGUUGUUUCGCCACUGCAGAAGCGUUUAGUUGAGGGCCUCUCAGUGACUCCCAUCAUAAUCAACCCGAUUACAGCUGCCACCUUCCCACCUGCUAAUGCUCUGAUAAAUCCAGAAGUAUCAAUGGAUGAUCCUGCAUACUGUCUCUUUACAUCAGGGAGCACCGGAAUCCCCAAAGGAUGCAUCAUCAGCCAGGAAGCUCUCGCGGGGGUUAGCGACCAUGCAGAGACGAUUCAUCUAAGUGGUCAAUCUCGCGUACUCCAAUUUGCCUCUUAUUCAUUUGGUAUAUCAAUUAUCGAGAUUUAUUGCACACUGGGUGCAGGAGCAACUGUUUGUGUGGUGGCGGAUGCGGACUGUUCCGGCCUGAGAAGUCUCGCCCGUGCCAUCAACAGGAUGGAAGUGAACUGGACCUUCAUGACCCCCACGAUGAUCGGCUCGCUACAUCCAAAGGACGUCCCCUGUCUGCAAACUAUAGUCACUGGAGGAGAGCCGUUGCAGAAACGUCAAGUCGUCACCUGGGCGAAUGCUGUCAGACUAUAUCAGGGCUUUGGCUUGACGGAGUGGAGCGGAACUUGCUGCAUUUCGCCACGAAUUACCUCUCCCUCUUCUGUUGGUGUGAUUGGACGUCCUGUUCCCAAUGCACGAGUAUGGCUGGUUGAGCCUACCAACCACACUCUCUUGGCUCCAGUCGGCGCGGUCGCUGAGCUGUGUAUUGAAGGCCCUUGUCUGGCUCAGGGCUAUCUUGGCGAUGCUGAAAAGACAUCAAAGGCCUUUAUUUCCCAUCCUGGGUGGCACCGGAAUUCAUUUCCCCCAGUCUCCGGUGGCAAUGGCCGACUGUAUAGGACGGGAGAUCUGGUGCGCUAUAUGUGCGAUGGGACUAUCAAACAUCUCGGGCGAAAGGACACGCAGCGCAAGGUCCGGGGACAGCGGGUUGACCUAGAUGAGGUGGAAUACCACCUGAAACAGUGCUUUCCACAGGCACCACGUGUGUUCGCCGAUGUCAUCAGUCCGUGUGGUGAUGGUGGUCAGACACACGUGUUGGCAGCAUUUGUGCAGAGCAACGAGUCCGUGGCAGAUUCCAACGCUUCAGCCGACGGGAACGAUGACUGGUUCAUUCCAGUUAACGCUGUCCUUCAAACCCAGGUAAAUGCAGCCUUAGAAUUCCUGUUCACAAGGCUGCCACGGUACAUGGUGCCUGACCUCUUUCUUUCCCUCCGUACAGUUCCCCUUACUGUCACUGGAAAAAUCGACCGCCGGCGCCUCUGCACACAGGCCAACAAGCUCAGCCGCCGCCAGCUGCUCGGCAAAGACCAGAUGGAUCAACCGCGCCGUGCGCCUUUGACAGAAAUCGAGGCGUUGUUGGCGUCGCUGGUGGCAAAAGUCCUUAAUACUUCCCUAGUGGGACUGGACGAUAACUUUUUUCACCUCGGUGGGGACUCAAUCAAGGCCAUGGCACUGGUUGGUGAGGCGGACCUCAAGCAUGGUCUACGUAUCACCGUCGGCGAGAUCCUCACCCAUCCAACAGUGGCUCAACUAGCUGCGGUUGCUCAGAGUAAAUCCGUCAGUCGGGGAGCCAAUCUGACAGUAGCUCCAUUUUCCCAGCUGCACGAGGCCGAUAUUCGAGACGAUGUCAUACAGGCAGCUCGCGAUCAGUGCCAAGUUGAGAGCUCCAUGAUUGAAGAUAUAUACCCAUGUACACCUCUUCAGGAGGGAAUGUUUGCCUUGGGCAGAAAACAGGCUGGAGGAUUUGUAGCACGCUGGGUGUUUGAGUUCCACAAAAUGUCUGAUGCAGAUAUGGAGCGGUUGAAAGGAGCUUGGAUUCGGGUCUUUGAGGAAGCUCCCACUUUGAGGAGUAGGAUCAUACUAUCCUCUUCACAACGCAUGUAUCAGGUCUUGCUCCGAGAAAUGCCAAGGUGGCAUCAGUCGGACAUCUUAUUGAACUCCGACCUACAGGAGGAGAGGGGCAGCCUCUUAGUUGACUUCGGCCUCCCGCUGGCCAAAAUGUCUAUUCAUCGGCAGAGCACCACCGAUUGCCUUCAACUGGUUUUGACAAUGCACCAUUCGGUGAUCGAUGGGUGGUGUUUUCGGAAGAUUUUGGAUCAAGUGGAAGCGGUCUAUCAUGGGAAUGCACUACCAGCAUCACCCCCAUUCUCAUUAUUCGUAAACUACCUCCAUCAGCUCCCAGACCAUAAGGAGUACUGGAAGAACUAUCUCUCCGGCCUAAAUGCGGAGGUCUUCCCGGCAGUAUUGCCAAUGUCCUAUAAGCCGUCCCCAACCGCAGAGGCAACAGAUUGGAUUGACUCGGUGAACUUUACCCCCGGGAGAUUUACCCGUUCUUCUGUUUUACGGCUUGCAUGGGCCAUGGUCCAGUCUCAAUAUCAGGGUAACUAUGAUAUUGUCUACGGGGUUACUGUGUCCGGGCGGAAUGCUCCAGUCCCUGGUAUACUCACAAUGACCGGCCCGACAGUGGCUACUAUGCCGUUGCGGAUCCAAUUGGAUCCCGCUGCAUCAAUAGAGGCUACAUUGGAACGCUUAGUUCAACAGACAGUGCAAAGCAUUCCUCAUGAGCAGACAGGGUUACAAAACAUGAGAAAAUGGGGUGGAGACAUUGCAACCGCGUGCGAUUUCCAGACGCUACUGGUCAUUCAGCAAAUUGAUGGCAGCACUGGCUACAGCUUGCUGGGCACCGAAGCGCAAGAAUCCAGUUUCGCCGCGUUUUGCACGUACACUCUCACCUUGGUCUGUAAUCUCAACUCAGACCCCGUGGAAUUAAAGGCCUGGUUCGAUCCAAAGCUCGUACCGGAACGGCAAGUACAGCGAAUGCUCCGCCAGCUGAAACAUGUGGUUCAAGCCAUAUGUAGAGCCCCGUCGUCAACUGUCGAUGAUUGUAUGACACCAAAUGCCGGUGAUAUCCAGGAGAUCCAUUCAUGGAAUCAGCAAAUCCCCUCCUUGUCGGACCGCAGCGUUAAUGAGCUGAUUUGCCAAGGCAGUGUGGAACAUCCCAGCCGCCUAGCUGUCGAUGCGUGGGACGUGCAAUUCACCUAUCAAGCCCUCAAUGAGCUCUCAACUACUCUAGCACAACACCUGGUGACAAUAGGCGUACGGACUGGGGAUUUCAUUCCAAUAUGCUCGGAGAAAUCCGGUUGGACGAUCAUCUCCAUGUUGGCCGUGAUGAAGUCUGGCGCUGCGUUCAUUCUACUCGAUCCCGCCGUGCCCAAGCAGCGGCUGGUUGACAGCUGCCAGCAAGCCAAGUCCCAACUUGUCCUCACGACGACAGUCAACAUGCAGCUUGCUUUGGAGCUCGCGACCAGAGUGGUAGUCGCGGACGAUCAAUAUCUGUCCAGGAAGGAUAUAUCGCUUCCGACAGUCCGGCCAGACUGGCCGUUGUUUGCAGUGUUCACUUCUGGUUCGACUGGAAUCCCCAAGGCUGCCAUGGCGGAUCAUCAGUCGUUCCUGGCGUACUCUUGUCCCAUAGUCGAACGUGUCAGAAUUGAUGAGAAAGUCAGAUGGCUCCAAUUCUCUUCAUACGCAUUUGAUAUGAGCGUCAAUGAGACCCUGUGGAUACUUCUGGGUGGUGGCUGUUUAUGCGUCCCAUCCGAGAGCCAGCGUAUGAAUGACUUCGUCGACACGGUGGCCAAGUUCCGACCUACCCAUGCGGUGUUAACACCUUCCCUUAUGCGCUCGCUCAAUCCUAAAGAGCUCCCGUCUCUACGAGCGCUCAUGCUAGGUGGAGAGCCCACACAGCCUUCGGAGAUCAAUGCCUGGAGCCCGUACAUGGAGCUGAUGAUCGGGUAUGGUCCGGCAGAAUGUGGAGUUACUCACUUACGGUACUUUAGCGACAGUCCCAACGAUCCUUACAACUCGGUAGGCCACUCGACAGGGGGCGCCAGUUGGCUGGUGGCACCAGAUGACCCCCAGAGGCUGGUUCCGAUCGGUGCUAUCGGCGAGCUUUUACUGGAAGGGCCGUUUGUUGGACCGGGAUAUCUCCAUAACGCUGCGAAGACCGAGGAAUCCUUCAUUCCCGAGCCCCAUUAUGUGAAAAGCCUCCGGCGCUCCCCCAGCCGCGUGUACAAAACUGGUGACUUGAUGCGAUACAACGUCGAUGGAUCAUUGAGCUUCGUCGGCCGUAUCGACUCCCAGGUGAAGAUUCGUGGCCAAAGGAUCGAGCUGGCGGACGUAGAGACCCAUCUCCUCACCUGUUUCCAAUCCCGUGUGCAGCUUGUGGUCGAGCUGAUCUCCCCCAGAGUCAGCCAGGCGGCGCCAUUUCUGGCCGCCUUCAUCUACACAGCCAUCGAAGGAAAUGAAGGACCACAGCUGGAUACCCCAGAGACCAUCUGCAGCUGCGGUGCCUUCUACAAACCUGAACGGCGCUUUCAUGAGCGGGCUGCGGCGGCUCGUGCUCGGCUACGCGACCGGGUUCCUCGCUUCAUGGUCCCGUCUAUGUUCAUUAAUCUGGUUUAUAUGCCACAAACGCCUAGCGGCAAGGUGGAUCGUAAAUACCUCCGCAGGGCACUUUCGGAACUGCCAGACGAAGAGCUUAAGCAAUUCCGGGCAGGAGUCGAGAAAAAGCGCGGCGCAGCGAACGAGCUGGAAAAGAAGAUCCAGCGGUUCUGCGCGACAGCUCUGCAAAUUCCACCCCAGGAUAUCGGUCUCGAUGAUAAUUUCGUCCAGCUAGGCGGCGAUUCCAUUAGUGCCAUGUAUAUGGUUGCCGAAGCCCGCAAGGAAGGCAUCUACAUGUCCGUUGCUGAUGUCCUCGACAACCCGCGUCUCUCCACUUUGGCCAACCAGGCAAGGCGCCAGCACAGCUGCGGCAACAUGUACAGCCCUACCAGCGCCGAUAUCAAGCCUUUUGCGUUGGUAGACGACGUGCUGCGAGCAGAAGCAACCCGCCUGCUGUUAGAUCUCCGGAUUGUAGAUCGUGAAGCGCAUAUUGCUGAUAUUCUCCCGGUGACCGAAAGUCAGGACGUCUUCCUCAACCAGUGGACCCCAGUCUUCAGCUGCUACUUCUUAACGGGGUUCGUGGACGGAAGGCAGCUUCGUGAUGCUUGUCAAGCGGUUGUAUCGACUCACAGUAUUCUUCGCACGGCCUUUAUUAGAACGAGUCAAGCGCUGGUUCAGGCGGUCCUGCAGGACAUCGAUCUACCAUUUCAUCAGACCACGACGAACGAGGAUUUGCUGACCUACUGCGAUUCAAUGUGGCAGGGUGACUCUGAGAUCUCAUCGACCGUGAACACUGCACCUCUGCGUUUCAUUCUUGCCUCGCGGUCAGCAACAGAGCACGCUUUCAUCAUCCGUAUCUCACACGCACAGUACGACGGUAUUUCCAUGCCAACCUUGAUGAAUGAUCUGGGACAAGCCUACUCGGGAGGGAAGAUUGAGUCGACUAUAGCCUUCGCCACCUACAUGCAUCUCCGCUCGUCGCACGACCAUGCGGCGACAUUCGACUUCUGGCGUCAAUAUCUGCUCAACUCAUCAGUAAAACCGCUGAAAAUCUCCCCGACAGCCCCAACACUGAGCCGUGUUAACGCCUGCAGCCGUGCCCGCAUCACCACAGGACAGAACAUUCCAAUGCCGAAUCCCCCCAGAGGGAUUACCGUUGCGACUCUCGUCAAGGCCGCUGCCUCCUGGCUACUCGCACGAGCUGGCGAUCAAGAUGAUAUCGUUCUUGGUCAAACGGUCACAGGACGCAGCAUGCCCAUUGUUGGUGUGGAAAGCAUGCUCGGUCCGUGCCUGAACACCAUCCCGUUCCGAGUGAGCCUCCAGCCAGGGUGGACCAUCUUAGACCUCCUGCAGCACGUUCAAACGCAAUGCGCUCGCACUUUUGAGUAUGACUACGUGGACCUUGGUGAUAUUGUGCGCACCAGUACCAAGUGGUCCGAGGAUAGCUACCUCCCUUGCGUGAUACAGCAUCAGAAUGUGUCGCAGACCUCUACGCUCGCAAUCAAAGAUGUCGAGUGUACCUCGUCUGGCUGGGCAUAUUUCAUUCCUCCGGCCGGAAUGUGGAUUUUGUCUACCCCACAGGACUCGAACUUACAAGUCAUGCUGUGUGCAUCUGGAGCCGUUAUUUCACUAGAGACGGCAAAAUCAUGGGUUAACCAGCUGUGCACCAUCAUCUCUACAUUUGCAAGCCAACCUGGGAUGAUGUUGGAUAGUAUCCACAUAUGA